AUGGAAAGUACAAAUAACUAGAAUCAGACACUUGAUACCUCUUAUCAUCAACAUCAUGAUCCCAUUCUGCAAAGACUUGAGAAUCUAAGAUCCUCCUCAAACUUCAUAAAGGAAGAAAUAGUUGUAAGAGAUGACUUAAAGGUCAAUGUAUUUGUGAAUCACUAUAAGUAUAACUAGCAAGGAUAGCCAAUUUAUGAUAAUAACCAUUCAACAAAGGCUUCUGAUAAGUAUGAAAAGACUCUGAGUGACAUUUCAUCAGACGAAGAAGAAGAUAAAAACGACGAAGAGAACGACGAUGAUGAACAAGACACUCAAAUUACGAAUAAAUAUGUGGUAGAUCUUAUAGCUGAAUUCAAAGAUAGAGCUGAAGACUUAGUCCUUCAUUGGGGUGUAGGAAAAAAGUAGGUAUGUGAAUGGAUAGCUGCAGACGACAAAUUUUUACCUCCAGAGACUAAAAAGUGGGGAGAUGGAAAAGCUGUCUAAACUAAGUUUAUGGUUGAUUCCACUACCCCUGAUCUGAGAUAGAUCCAUAUGGACUUUGCUUGGAUACAAGAUAUUGAACCAGCGAUUAAAUCUAUUAGCUAUGUGCUACUUGAGCAAAAGAAAAAUAGGUGGUAUAAUAAUGGUGGCAAGGAUUAUCACAUAAAAUUUGAAAUAGAGCCGGAGAAUCACCCACAUAAGCAUAAGAACCUACCCCCUGGAAAGAUAGGGGAUGUUGUGGCUGAAAUUAUUUAAUGCGAAGUUGAAUACGGAUCAUGGACCUUAAUGCAUAGAUAUGGAAGAUGCAAAGAUAUGUUGAGAGACAGAAUCGAUUAAGACAAUAGAGAUCAUGUUUUCACUAAAUAGCUUACAUGGUAGAAAAGUUAUAAUACAAAGCCAAAAGAUCUAUAAGGGGCUUAAUUAUCUCUCACAGACGAAAUAGUAAACUAAUUCGUCAGAACUGCAAAUAAAAACAGAAAUUAAUUCUUAACUUCAGCUGAUUUAUUGAGAUCCAUGCUUUCAAUGAUCGGUAAGGGUGCUGGCAAUGGUUAAAGAGUAAGAGAUGAGAUCCUACACAUUAUGCAUGCUCAUAAAAUUUCAGAAUCUGCAGGCCAUUUUUAUGAAUAAUGGCAUUAGAAACUUCAUAAUAAUACUACUCCAGAUGAUAUUUAUAUCUGCGAAGCAUUACUAGCAUACCUUAAGACUGGAGGCUAGAUGAGUGAAUACUGGAAAGUAUUAACUGCUAAUGGAAUAAGCAAGGAAAGACUUGCUUCCUAUGAGAGAAAAAUUACUACCGAGCCUUGGUAUAAGCCGGAAGCAAUAGGUUCAUUUGAGGAGUAUCUCAAGAUACUUAAACAAAUGCAUUCAUCAGGUGAUCUAGAAAUCUUAAGUAACGAAGCUAAAUAGCACCUAGGAAAUGAUACAAAGGGCAUGAUUGAUGAUGUAAUGAGAAAUUAUGGGGAUUUCGACACUUUGAGAUAAAUGGAAAGAGUGUCAAGUUUAAGAUAUAAUCUCAAUCAAAAUCAUAUGACUUUUAACAAUCAAAGAAAGCUUAAGGAUAUAAUUUUCCUUGACUUAGCAUUAGAAGGCUAUUUAAGAUAACUUACAGAAAAAAUCAUUCAUAUUGAACUACCUUUUGAUCAAUACAUAAGAGAAGCAGCCAUUAUUCUAAGUAAUCUUGUACUUUCAUAUCAAUGGGAAGAAUUAUCUGUAUGCAAAGAAGAUUGGGAUAAAUUGGUCCAGCCAAACUGCAAAAGUAUGAAUGAAGACAACGCUCGUAAACUUAAAUCAGUUGUUGAUAGAGUAAAAUAAAGUCUAGGAGAAGUCAAUGAUCAAUACACAGCAUUAAUUCAAAGCAAGGCUGAAACAUUGGGCAAAGAAUUCAACAUUGAUCAGUACGCCUAUAAGAUUUUUGCUGAGGAGUUAAUUAGAGGAACUUUAUUCUUCAGCUUGUCAAUGAUCUUAAAGAAAAUUGACCCGCACAUUAGAAACUGCGCUCAUUUAGGUGACUGGCUCAUAAUAAGUUAGGGAAGGUCACAUGGAAGCAGAGGAUAUGUUGAAAAAGUAAAGCACUUAGAAGAGGUAAUGCAUCACUCAUAUUAAAAAAGAACCAUCCUUUUAUGUGAAAAGAUCAGUGGGGAAGAAGAGGUGCCAGACAAUGUUCAAGCUAUUGUACUAGUAGAUGGUACUGAUUACCCCGAUGUGUUGGCUCACGUGAGUGUUAGAGCUAGAAAUCUUAAGGUUAUGUUUAGUGUUUGCUUUGAUGACAAUAAAAUCAAAGAACUAAACAACUUGGUUGGAAAGCAUAUUUUUAUGACUUCAGAGAAUCAUAAUGUAAGAUUCUAGGAACAAAAUCCUAAUACACCAAUCACAAGAAGAGCUUCAAGUUCUUUAAUUCUAUAAACGAUUAUUGAUAACGCUAAAAACGUCAAGGCUCCAAAUGAUUUCCCUAAAUCAUUCCUCCAGUUGAAUGAGUUCACAUCAGAGCAUAUGGGAGCAAAGUCAAAUAAUAUCAAAGUUUUAAGAGAUAGUUUAGAUAAAUGGAUAGAAUUGCCACAAAGUGGUUGUAUUCCUUUCAAAAUGAUGGAAUACACACUUGGGUUACACCCAGAGAUACAACAAGAAAUAGAUACACUCAUCGAUAGACUCAAUGGCUGUAAGAGUGUGAAUAAAAUGAACAGAAUCCUAAUGAGAUGCAAAGAUUUGGUAACUAAACUUGAAUUCAAUGCAACUGACUCAAAUCAUGCUUACUUAAAAUAAGAAUUACUUGCUUUUGGUAUUCCAGCUAAUGAUUUUAACAUUGCUUGGAAAACUAUCAAAAUGGUCUGGGCCAGCAAGUUUAACGAGAGAGCAUUCUUAGCAACCAAGAAAAUAGGAGUAACUCUUCAUUCAGUAUAUAUGGCUGUGCUUGUAUAGAAGGUCGUUCCAGCUGAGUAUGCUUAUGUAAUCCAUACUUCUAACCCAACCAACGGAGAAGAUUCAGAGAUCUAUGUUGAAAGUUGCCUCGGAAUGGGUGAAGCUUUAGUCAGCAAGAUGCCUGGUUAGGCUUUUAGUUUUACCUACAAUAAAGGUACUCAAUAAUCAUAAGUAAAUGCUUAUCCAAAUAAGCCUAUUGGUAUUAAAGCGAAUGGCUAUAUCUUUAGAAGUGAUUCAAACAGCGAAGAUCUACCUGGCUUUGCUGGUGCUGGUCUUUUUGAUUCUUACCCGAUGAUGGGAACUUCUGAGUUUAGAAUAAAGUAUAACUAAGAAAAACUGAUCAAUGACAAGCAGUUUAGAGAGAAUUUCAUGAGUAAUGUUGGAAGAAUAGGUAUGAUAAUUGAAAAUAUCUACUAGGAGAGUCAAGACAUUGAAGGAGCGUACUUUGAUGGAAAAUAUCAUGUUGUCCAAACCAGACCUCAAGUCUGA